AUGCUCCUAAUAUCAAUACUAGCGAUAUUCAGCUUUCUUUGCUCUGCGCCCGUCUCUGCUUCGCGAGUAAUCAAAUCCAACUCUCUAGACCUAUGUACCGACAACAAGAACUUCACAGCUACAUUUUUCAAUGUAACCUUCACACCUGAUACCCGUCUCCUAUCCGUGGGCUUCAACGGCACGGUAGCUAUCUCCGGAAAUGUGGUGGCAGACCUGUCGUUGACGGCCUACGGCAAAGAGGUCAUCACGAAGACACUGGACCCAUGCCAGAUGAAGGAACAGAGCCUGUGUCCCAUGAACAUUGGCAAGCUAGAGAUUCCGGCGAUCCAGACGACUCUGCCACAGUCCGUCAUCAACGAUGUUCCGAACAUUGCAUAUACUGUGCCGGAUCUUGAUGCAUCUGUUCGCGUCUACAUUAAUUCCACAGAUACGGGGGCCCCGAUUGCCUGCAUGGAGGCCAGCCUCUCCAAUAGUAAAUCUGUUCACCAGCAGGCAGUGGGGUGGGUCAUAGCACUGGUCAUCGGUCUGGGUCUGGCGUCGUCGGGGAUUGCAUCGAUACUAGGGUAUUCACAUGCUGCAUUGCAUGUUGCAGCCAAAGCGCUCGCGCUGUUCGGCUUCGUGCAGUCUCAAGCCAUCCUCGGCAUGACCAGCGUCCACAUGCCUCCGAUCGUGGAGUCCUGGACUCAGAAUUUCCAGUGGAGCCUGGGUAUUAUGCAUCUAGGGUUUAUUCAGAAGAUUGCCAACUGGUAUCUCAGGGCCACAGGUGGGACUUCGUCGAACUUGCUAUCCGACCUUGAAAACACGUCAGUCAAUGUGCUCAAGCGGAAGCGAUCGUUGGGUUUCGGCGCAGGUGCACUGAUGAAGAGAGAUUCGGGGGAAGGCGCAGCGCCCGAGGGAUCUAAGACUAUCUAUGGCAUCGUACGUGUUGGCUUCAAGGCCAGCAUUGAGCGGACUGAUAUUUUCAUGACGGGGUUUAUCUUCAUCAUGGUCUUUAUUGGAUUCGCGAUGCUGAUCGUAGGAUUAGUCCGCCUUGUCUCUGGUCUUCUUGCAAAAUCCGGGAAAACCGACAGUACGAAGAUGGACAGCAACACAUGGGCAGUCACCAUGAAGGGCAUCCUGCUCCGUCUGAUUCUCAUGUGUUAUCCUGCAGUGUGCGUUCUCUGUCUCUGGGAGUUUGCCAGUCAUGAUUCCCCUGCCGAGGUAGUCCUAGCCGUUGUCAUGCUCUUGUCGAUGACUGUUAUACUGGUCAUGGCAGCUGUACGCAUAAUACGCAAGGCCAGGCGCUCGGUUGAGAUAUACAAGAGCCCAGCCUUUAUGCUACAGAACGACACUAUGUUCCUGAACAAAUGGGGCUUUCUAUA